AUGGCUUCUAGCAUUUACUUCUGCGAUACCAAGGGUAAGACGAUUUUAUCUAGAAGGUAUCGUGACGAUGUACCAGCAUCUGCGAUCGAGCGGUUUCCAGCGCUGCUAUUAGAAGCAGAGCAUGAAUCUAGCAUAAUUCCGCCUUGUUUGACGCAUAACGACGUGCAGUAUUUGUUCGUUCAGCACAAUGACAUCUACGUCUUGACGAUGAGUCGCUCACUAUCUGUGAAUGUCGCUCAGAUCUUUUCAUUUCUUUAUAAACUGAUCGCAGUGUUGGAAGAGUAUGUCAAGACUGUGGAAGAAGAAUCGAUUCGAGACAACUUUGUGAUCAUAUAUGAGCUCUUGGACGAAAUGCUGGACUAUGGCAUUCCACAAAUCACAGAAACAAAGAUGCUCAAGCAAUACAUCACGCAGAAAUCUUUCAAACUAAUAAAAUCAGCCAAGAAAUCCAAAAAUGUGGUACGGCCGCCAUCUCAACUUACCAAAUCAGUCAGUUGGAGGCCUGAGGGCAUUGUGUACAAGAAGAAUGAGGCGUUUUUGGAUGUUGUGGAGUCGAUAAAUAUGCUAAUAUCGGCUAACGGCCAGGUUUUGCGUUCUGAGAUACUGGGCAAAGUCAGAGUUAAGUCACAUCUGUCGGGAAUGCCUGACCUGAAACUAGGUCUCAAUGACAAGGGCAUCUUUUCAAGCGACAACUCUGCUGAUAAGCCUGGAGAAUCAACAGGAAAGAGAGCCAACAUAGAGCUGGAAGACCUCAAAUUUCAUCAAUGUGUCCGCUUGAGCAAAUUCGAAAACGAGAAAAUCAUCACUUUUAUCCCACCAGAUGGCGAUUUCGAACUAAUGAAUUACAGACUAUCUUUGCCCAUUAAGCCCCUCAUUUGGUGUGAUGCCAAAAUCCAAGUUCAUUCGCAAUCCAGGAUAGAGAUUCAUUGUCGGGCCAAGGCGCAAAUAAAGAAAAAAUCUACUGCCAACAGUGUUGAGAUUCUCAUACCUGUGCCCGAAGAUGCAGAUUCACCCAAGUUUCGGUACUCGCAUGGAUCUUUGAAAUAUGUUCCAGAGAAAAAUGCUAUACUAUGGAAAAUCAAAUCUUUUACCGGUGGCAAGGAAUACUCAUUUGCCGCUCAACUAGGAUUACCAUCAAUGUCAGAUGUUGAUGUACCCAAGGUGAAACGGCCUAUACAGGUGAAGUUCCAAAUUCCCUACUUUACGACGUCGGGAAUUCAAGUGCGUUAUCUCAAAGUUCAUGAGCCUAAACUUCAAUAUCAAAGUUAUCCUUGGGUAAGAUACAUAACAGAAAGCGGUGAUGACUACACCAUUAGAACAGCAUAA